UUAGUAGUUAUUCUUAAGUGGUUCGGGGCACAAUGGUCGUAACUUGUGAUAUAGAAUUUGAUCAAAAUAAGACGGCCUGCUAUUUUGCCGGCCAAUUAGUUAGUGGUACUAUUGUACUCAAAUGUGAUAAAGCCAAGGACGUCAAGGCUAUUCAAUUGAAAAUAUCCGGUUUUGCACAUAUACUAUGGAGCGAAAGAAGAUUCAAUACUCGUCGCAUUUAUCAAGGACAUGAAGAUUAUUUAUCAUCUACCACCUAUUUAAUGGGUUCUGAAAAUAGUUCUAAAACUACCUUAGCCACUGGUGUUCAUACAUUUACAUUCGCAUGUCAGUUGCCUGAGCAAUGUCCCUCUUCAUUUGAGGGUUUGCAUGGUCAUAUUCGUUAUACGGUUAAAGUUGCCUUGAUUAGACCUUGGAAAUUUGAUCAGACUUAUAAGAGAGGUUUUACUGUGUUAAAAAUGACUGAUUUGAAUUUUGAAUCGCCUCAGAUAAGGAUCCCUUCCAACAGUGAAGCCUAUCGUACAUUCUGUUGUGGCCCCUGCACCACUGAGCCUCUUAAAAUGGAACUUAAAAUACCUCAAGCUGGUUAUGUACCCGGUCAAAGUAUACCGGUACAAGCUUUAAUCAUUAACAAUACCAGCAUACCAGUUUCAGAGGUUAAAUUUGCUCUAGUAAUGUUGGUUCGUUAUAUCAGUCAAAAUCCUGUACGUCAUAAUGUACAACGUAUAAGUGUGAGUAAGAUCAAAAAUGAUGGAGUACUAAGAAAUUGUACUAGAUCCUUAAGAGAUGAAGUACAUGUACCAGCAACACCGCCGACAUGUCUGCAGACAUGUGGCAUUAUACAAAUUAUGUAUCAAGUUGAAAUGGAAGUGGCUAUGAAAUCAUUUCAUAAAAGUCAAGUGGUUACUAUACCGGUUAUUAUAGGUAAUAUACCAUUGGCUAAUAAUACCAGCGGCAUGGAGGUGAUACAAGAACAGCCCACCUACAGGGAAAGACCUAUAGAUUUACCUUUGGAUUUCGAAGAAGAAAUAAGCUCUGCUCCUAAUUUGGAGUUGAUAACACCAAAUUUGCCUCCUCCCUCCUAUGAAGAAUCCUAUCAUACAGUACGCAGUAAUAUCAAUGAGGAUGAGCAGCACGCUUUUGGUCCUUGUGAAUUUGCUCCGCUAUAUCCAGUAUACAAGAUACCCAGUCCAACUUUUGAAGGUCCUUUUAAGCCUUUAGGCUUUGAUAACAAAAGUUUCCAGCCUUAAAGCUUUUUUGUUUAGUAUUAUUGUUGUUUUCUUUGUUUUUUGUUUUUGUCUAACAAAUAGGUUGUUGAAAAUGAUUUUGUUUUAGUUUUAUAGUUUCAAAAAAUUAUUAUGGUAUUAUAUAUUAUUUACAAACUUCGAAUUAUGGCAUAUUAUUUGUGGAAGUCAAGUGGAUGGUACGUAAGUGGAUCAUAUUUUAUGUGAAUGCAUUCUACAUGUUCCACAAAAUGAAUUGUGGUAUGUGGAAUCUAAUUGUUAUAGCAUACAGUUUAGAAAUCAUUGUAGAUUUCAUUAUCUACUUCACAGUGGGUGGCAGAUUUGUUGUAUUCUAUAAGCUAUGUAUUGUCCUGCGCACAAGCACUUUAUAAGGGGUUGAAAACAUGCUAAACUUUUUUUAGGACUUUAAAUGCUUUUACAAGUGUUUUAACAUAUUUUCUAUUAAUUUUUAAAUAAUGUUAAAAACUUAACAUUUUAUUUAAAAAAGCUUUUUUCAACUUUUAGAAUUAUUUGCUUUUUUCAAGUAUAUCAUACUUCUAAACUAUUCCCAUUGGUAUGCUCAUUUGUGUUUAGUAUAUUUUGCUAUAAAAUAUUUAAAAUAUUUUUACUUUGUUAUAUUAUUUAGAUAACGUACUAGUUUGUGUAUUUCAAAUAUUUUGUUCUAAAAUUUGUUCAACUUUUUUAGACUGUUAACGUUGUUAUACUUAUGUAUUAGGGCAGAUACCUUAUGUUGUACUAAUUGUUAUAAUGUAUAGCUUAAAAAAUUUAAAAAAAAAAUUGCGGAUAAGUUUUCAUAAAACUUUUUAGGACAAUAAUUUACAUAGUAGAUUAACAUUUCACUUAUUUUAUGUUUACAACAGAAAGAUUUUCCCAAAAAUAAUAAUUUUAUAAAAUGUUGCUAAAUUUUGGUAGUACACACUUAUACAUAUUUACACAUUUAUUCAAUGUUUAGAUACAU